GGGGCGGGGCUGUGCAGGUCCUGGCAGGGAAGUACUUGCACCAAGAAGAGGGGCACCGGCCGCGAUGGGAGUCUCCUCUGGGCGGGGGAAGGUUAACGGCGGAGCAGCUCCGCGGACAGAGUUUUCUUGGCAGCCCUCCGCACGAUUUGCGCUUCAGCGUUCCCGCUCCGGCGCUUUGGCAGGCGCUGUCCUCACCCCAGCCAGGACCGGGGGCGGUGGGAGCGCGGGUCGGAGGUGAGCGCGCGGGGCGGCAGGCGGGUGUCGUGUCGCCGUCGCCAUGGCCAAGCACCACCCGGACCUCAUCUUCUGCCGCAAGCAGGCGGGCGUGGCAAUCGGCAGACUGUGUGAAAAAUGUGAUGGCAAAUGCGUGAUCUGUGACUCCUACGUUCGGCCCUGCACUCUUGUGCGCAUUUGUGAUGAGUGUAACUACGGUUCGUACCAAGGGCGCUGUGUGAUCUGCGGGGGUCCAGGAGUGUCUGACGCCUACUACUGCAAGGAGUGUACCAUCCAGGAAAAAGAUAGGGAUGGUUGCCCUAAGAUCGUCAACCUGGGCAGUUCCAAGACAGACCUCUUCUAUGAAAGGAAAAAGUACGGCUUCAAGAAGAGGUGAUCCUAUCCAUACACAGCUACGCCUCCUGUCAGGUUGGCAAGAGUCUUGGAUCAUCUCUGGACUUAACUAUUCUUGAAAAACAGUUGAUUAUUUUUUUUCUAAAGCAGUACAAAACCAGUAGUAUACUUGAGGUUUGAGAAGUAACAGAGUGGGGACUGAAAUUUGAUCAAACUGACUAUCAGAAAGAACAAAUGAGGAUUACUGUCUCUUGCCUUUUCAGAAGCUCUGCUAGUGGCUGUCCCAGCUUGCUAUAAAAAUCCUGGUGGGCAAAUAUUUACAUGUGGAGGAGACCAGCUCAGUAAAAAGACAAGCGUCCUUUCUGAUGUGGGGAAACAUCCUGUGCGUGUUCUUACCAAGCCUCCUCUCAAUUGUUAGAAAUCUCCCCAUGCAUCAGUGUUGAGGAACGGAACGGCAAUGCCAUGUGUCUGCUCACCCCUCGCCUUCCUCCAGUAUAUUUCUGUGCUGCCCUCUUUUGUAAGGAACCUGCUCGUGGCUGGUGCCUUCCUAGGGAGAGCACAGCUGUUCCAUGUUUUCUUUGAUAUAUUAAUCCAAGGCCCUUUCUUGUAACCAUUUCUAUAGGAUGCACAGCAAUAAAGCUUAUUCUUUUGGGUGUUUUUUUUUUUU